AUGUCGCAGCUGAUGUCUCUUUAUCAAGAUCAACUGUCGAAGAACCAAAUACGCCUUCUUCGCCUCAACACGGACACAUCAAAUCCAGAUGCAGGUUGGCUCGAAAUAGUGUCACUCGACGACGCACCACCAUUCUACGCCAUCAGUCACUGCUGGGGCACCCAAGCUCAAGAUACUGUUGUCAAAGUCGGUGGAAGUCCAUUAAAUCUCACAUCAGAUUUGGCAGCUGGACUCAAUGUGUUGCAAGAACUAGCCGUCCAUGGCUCCAACUUCAACCCUCCACUAAGAUAUGUCUGGAUCGACAGUAUCUGUGUGAAUCAGCAAAGUAUUACAGAUCGAUCAACCCAAGUAGCCCUCAUGGGCCGAAUCUAUUCAACAUCGGUGACUACCCUAAUAUGGCUCGGGCCUGAACGACCUUGGACCACGCCAGCUUGGAGUCUACUGGACCAGAUAUAUCACGUCUUCAAAUCGAACUAUCCCGAGGCAAAACGCGAGAAUGAUAUUCUUUUCGGGACGUAUUCAGACUCAUUGCAUCAGCUAACAGGCCUACCGACAUGGGAUGACGAGAGUUGGGGAUAUUUGAGACAGAUGAUGCAUCUCGAUUGGUUCUCUAGAGUGUGGGUCAUACAAGAGGUCGUUCUGUCCCCUAGAGAUCCCAUUCUUAUCUGUGGAAAUCAUAUCUACCCUUGGAACACACUACAAUGGGCAAGUUCAUGGUUACGCCGUACAGGAUACAUGAGACUUCCCCAGAUUUCUGAGACAUUGCUUAACGUGAGCAAUAUGGGUAACCUACGACACUUCCGGGCAAACUGGCCGCUGGACGCAUUGCUGUCGUUCACAACGACAAAGUUCCACGCCACGGACCAGAGAGACAAGAUAUUCGGACUUCUCGGUAUCGCGGCAGAGUGUCAGGAUCCGUCACGGAUUCCACCUGCUUUACGUCCAGACUAUAGCGUCGACGUGACAGAGACAUACCUAAAAGUGGCCCGUUUUUUACUAGAGAACGGUAGCUCACUCGCCGUGCUGACUCGAGCACGUGGUUCAGAUAGCUUCUCGAUGAGAAAAAAUAGAGUUUAUGAUCUUGCAGACUUGCCCUCUUGGACUCCCGACUGGAGCGACUAUAAAGUCUUUAACAAGGGUAUAAGGACGAGUCUAGCUCGUGUAUAUUACUCUGAUCCAGAAAAGCCACCCAGGUUGGAAUUUGCCCCGCCCUUUGCAGCGUCGUCUGGACUUGAGUUGAAGCUACAAGAAUCUGAGGACAUAUCUAUCCUUCGUGUCAGUGCUGUGAGACUGGCCACUGCAACUCAUUGUUAUUACUUUGGUGAGAAUGAGGCUUCAAAAGAAGAUUUCAAACACGCUAUCGACCUGAACCUCCGAGCGGCAUGGAAUAUGGCUCUCUCUGUGUCAGAUGUAGCCGACUUGGCUUCUUGGGCUACGAGAUUCAUUAAGGCCACUAUUGCUGAGCGUUAUGAUCUCCACGGACGUUCAUACGAGCAGACAAUAAGAGACGGCAUGGCAUAUCUUGUUCAACAAUUGGAGAUUAAAGGGAUGGAAAUGAGAUUGCCCUUAUCUUCUACCGGGAAUAUCGGUCUUGGUCCCUUGGAUUCGAAACUCGGAGAUUGUGUUACUGUCAUUCUGGGUAGCAAUGUGCCUUAUAUCCUUCGAAAGAAUGGAGAUUCGUGGUCUUUUAUCGGGGAGUCUUACAUGGAAGGAUACAUGAAUGGCGAGGUGGCAAAAAUGAUCGAGCAGAGAUUUGUCCAAGAGGAGACACUAGACAUUAGAUAG